AUGGUCAUGGAGGCUUCUUCGGACCCCAACAAGCGACUAUGUCGACUCCCAGUUCCUAGCCUCUCUUCUUCCUCCUCAGGCCAACACCUUGACCCUAUCCUUGCCGAUGUCGACCAGAAGCACGUCGAUCAGAUCAUCUCCUCGUUCCUCUCCUUGUCCGUGUCGCCUUCCUUCUCCUCGUCCGAAGCCAUCGGCUCCUCGUUCGAACGAGCCCUUGAAAAAAUGUUCAUAUAUUCUGUUGACGAAUCUGUGAAUCUGGAUCGUGGACUCGAACUCUCCUCGCUUCUUCACGAGUCCACCAAAAGGUGGUAUCGUAGACAGGCCACAACCCACAAUUCCAUAGCAUGGCCACUUCCUAGUGAGCUCACGGUUAAGGUCUUUUCCAUGGUUGAUACAAAAUCAUUGGUGCAAGCUUCGGCGUGUUGCACCAUGUUCAAGAAAUGUGCCUUGGACCAAGUUUGUUACUCCAACGUUGACUUGACCACCGCAAAUGUUAAAAGUCAAGUUGUGCGUAAUAUGAUCCUUAAGGCUGGAAAGGAACUCAGAUCUCUUAAAGUUGGAUGUCGAGAUGAAUCUACAGAUAACCCUAUGCUUAUAGGAUCUUGUCUUGCCCCUCUAUCAUAUCAAAAGCAUGGUGUUCUUGGGUAUUGA